AUGGCUGAGAUGAUCCACCUUCGCGAAAGUUCCGAGAUAGUUGGACGACACGACCUUUUCAGCAGUCUUCUAGAUGCAAAUUCUGGUGAUCUUGGCGGACUGGCGUUGACCGAGGAUGAGCUUAUCAGCAAUAUCUAUAUCUUCCUGCUCGCCGGGCAUGAAACAACAGCGCAUACUCUCUGCUUCACCUUCGGUUUGCUGGCGCUAUACCAAGAAGAACAAGAGAAGCUUUACCAGCACAUAAGAUCUACCAUACCAUCUGACCGGCUUCCAAGCUAUGAAGAAAUGCCUCUCCUCACCCAUUCCAUGGCAUCAGACCAGGUCGCAACCAUUCCCCAAGUUGCUGCUGAGGACACUACCCUCUCAACUAUGGAUUUAAAAGGCAUGAAGAUUACUGUGCCGGUCCCAAAGGGAGCCGACAUUGUCAUUUCCGUGCCCGGUCUUCAUUACAACCCACGCUAUUGGGAAGAUCCACACGCUUUCAAACCUGAGCGCUUCCUUAAAGAUUGGCCCCGUGACGCGUUUGUCCCCUUUAGUGCUGGUGCUCGAGCAUGCGUAGGCAGGAAGUUCUUCGAAACCGAGGGGAUCGCCGUUUUGACCAUGCUCAUUUCACGCUACAAAAUCACUGUCAAGGAAGAACCUCAAUUCGCGAGGGAAACAUUUGAAGAACGCAGGGCGCGGGUUCUUGCGAACCGGGCGGGUGUGACUCUCACGCCUCUUCGUGUUCCGUUGGUGUUCACUCGCCGAACAUGA